GUGACACCAUACGAACCCUAUCUGGAAGCAGAUGUGGAGGUUUGGGCCGAGGUUGACGUGAGAUUGUACGAUCACAGUUACACACAAUGGUUCGAUGUUACUUUUCACGCCAUGCACCCAGAGAAUAUUUCUUCCUUUAAAACUCCAAUCUCAAGUGACAUUUACUUGGUCUCUUCCAUUUGAAGUCAAGAGAAGUUGACAAUAUGGCUCCACCAAGCGCAGAUGAUGCGACAAUCUCUCCAGGGCACAAUGAAGCAGUUGCUAUGUCAUCAGAAACCGAAGUCAAGAAAACAGAGAUAUUAGCUGGAAUCAACGGUCCCAAAUUCCAAGAUCCUUAUAAGGAGCGAGAAUACCAGAAAGGGAGGCUGGCGUUGGCUUUCCGAAUCUUCGCCAAGUUUGGAUUUGAUGAAGGUGUUGCCGGUCACAUCACUCUGAGAGUAAUAGUUACUUUCCGUCCUACUGAGCGUGGAUACUAAUUGAUAAGGAUCCCGUAGAACCAACUUCUUUCUGGGUAAAUCCAUUUGGGGUUGCUUGGCCAUUACUCAAAGCAACAGAUCUCAUCCGUGUAGAUGCCAGCGGAAAGGUUGUAGACGGUGGUCCGGUACGGCUCUUAAAUACCGCAGGUAAGAUGACACUGACAUUUCUCCAACAAGGCGCUUUCCAAACUAAUAACUCUCUUCAGCGUACAUGAUCCACCACGCAGUCCACACCGCACGACCAGAAGUAAACUGCGUAGCCCACUCCCACUCCAUCUACGGCCGUGCAUUCUGCACCCUCGGUCGACCACUCGAUCUCAUAACCCAAGAUUCCUGCGCUUUCCACGACGACAUUGCCCUCUAUUCCAGUUUCGGAGGCAUCGUCCUCGCAGCCGAAGAAGGGAAGUCCAUUGCUGCGGCACUUGGACCAAACAAAGCAGCUCUACUUCAAAACCAUGGUCUCUUGACAUGUGCAAGGACUAUUGAAGCAGCGGUAUUCUGGUUCAUGAGUCUAGAAAAGUGCUGUCAUGUGCAAUUGAUGGCGGAUGCCGCGGCGGGUGGAAGAGGAGGGGAGACGGUGAAGAUUGGAGGGGAGGAGGCGGCUUAUACUUAUAAGACUGUGGGGACAGAGUUAGCGGGGUGGUUUAGUGCUAAGCCUACUUUUGAUGUUACGGCCCAUGAGUCCGGGGAUGAGUAGUUGUUAUGAUUGGUUUUGUUUUCGCUAAUGAUUCUCUCGGCCGUACUGGGGUUAGCGAACGAGUCAGUUAGAAGUACGAAACUCAACGAGAUAUGAAUUAUUGCUUGAUUCUGGCCCUUGUUAGUUACUUUUGUCUAAGCCUUUUACUAAAUGGUAAUCGAGAAUUGAAUCAUGAC